GUUAUAGAAGAUUAAACAUAUUUUUUGUGAUGAAAUUUGGACAUUUAGAUUGAUAUUCUCACAUAUCCUAAUUCUCUAAAAGAGAUGAGUGCAGCAAAAUCUGCCCUGCAGAUUGACGAAGAGUUUCUCGAUGAUCUGGCCAGUCGAUUUAUCAUAAAUGUACCAGUGGAAGAGAGAGCAAAUCUCAUCCGGAUUUGCUUCCAAGUCGAGCUGGCUCACUGGUUCUACUUGGAUUUCUACUGUGGAGGUGAAGAUGAUCGUGGAGUAUCGUGUACCUUGAAACAAUUUGCCACUCAAAUCUUCCAACACGUGCCCUUCCUGCGUCCGCGUCUGCCGCACAUGGAUGAGAUCCUGGACAACUGGAAGAAGUACAAGUUGUCUGUGCCAACGUAUGGAGCCAUUCUCAUAUCCGAUGACCUAAACCACGUUCUUCUAGUGCAGUCGUACUGGGCAAAGAGCUCUUGGGGCUUUCCCAAAGGAAAAGUUAAUGAGACUGAGGAUCCUGUGCAUUGUGCUAUUCGAGAAGUUUUUGAAGAGACGGGUUUUAAUAUUUCUCACCUCAUCCAACCUGGAGAUUUCUUCGAAAGUACAUUCAAUGACCAAUUUACGCGACUCUAUGUGGUCAGCAAUGUUCCCAAGGACACCAUAUUUGCUCCCCGGACUCGCAAUGAGAUCAAAUGCUGCGAGUGGUUUCCCAUUGAUCUUCUACCUAGCAAUAAAACUGAAACAGAUACAAAAUCCACAGUUGGCUUCAAUGCUAAUUCCUUUUUCAUGAUUAUGCCCUUUAUGAAGCGUCUCAAGAAGUGGGUACAUACACGUCGGGAAAAUGGAAAGCCAUCCACAGGAAAAACUGAUAGCAAGAAACGUCAGCGGCAUAAGUCAAUGGGAGAACUUGAGAGUAUCUGGACCACAAGCGAGGGUACCAUUGUGGUGCAAAACAGUGAACUUAAGAGGCGCGACAAGGCGUCAAAGGCCAAUCCGAAGCGUCAGUUGUUCGGAUCUGAUGCCUUUGCCACCUCCACUCCUGAUGCCAGUCCCGGAAUCAUGACCAAGAAUACUCCAACACAGCAGAAAUCAACCCCAAUAACCCCCAAAGCCAAAGCCAAGGGCUCCGAGAGUGGCCCCAAGAAGCCCCCUCCUCGACCCCAGUUUGUGUUGACACCGUGCUGGGAAUGGGACAACUUCAGAUUCGAUAUUGACCGAAUCUGUGAUUUACAACAACAAACUGUCAGAUUGUAAAAUCCUGUCGAUUUUAUUAAGUCCGCAAAUACAUUUUUACUUUGA